AUGGAAACAAUUAAAAUCCCAUCGCCGUCCACGAUUUUAGACUCGCCCGAUCCGGCCCCGGCGUCAGGGCGGGGAAAGCCUGUCUCGCCCAAAACAAAGCGGAUCCCCAAGUCAACUCAGAAACCAAGGCAGACAAAGAGUCGUAAUGGUUGUAUUACCUGCAAGGCAAAACGGUUGAAGUGCGAUGAGACGAAGCCGUCCUGUUCCCAGUGCGAACGGCGCAAGGUGUCAUGUGGUGGGUACAAGAAGGACUUCAAGUGGCGGCCCUUCGAAGAGACCAACUUGGCUGUUGGCCGUCCGACUGCCAUCAAACCGACAAAGAAAGGUAACGACAAAAUCAACAACUCGUCUCAUCUACUAACCUCCCUCACAAACCCGGAGGACUUCCCUACUCCCCUGACUACCGAACUUGCUGCCUCGCCGAACCGAGCGCAGUCAAAUCUUGCCAACAUAUCACCUCGAGAAUCAUCUUUGCUCGGCUCACCGGGCAGUAUCAAAAGCUAUGUAUCUAGCGAUACUCGUUCUCUUGAUGAGUUCGCGGUGAGAACAGAACAUUCUUCCGUAGCCGAGGAUAUAGUCCCUAACAUCGCUGUGUCACACUCGAUGGAUGCUGAUCCAUGUCAUUUUCUUUCAUUUCUUGAGCCAUUUCAAGAGAAUGCACCUUUUGAUGAUGACCUGAUGCUAGAGACGAAUGUCGAGAAUCCUUCAGGUUCAACGUUUGGUCCGGCAUACCAAGAGCCACCUGAAUUAGACUUCAAUUUUUCCCAGCUACUGGACGAGGAUAAUGGAGAAAUUGAAGAAAUCAUCCGACAGUCCAACUCUAGCUCGAAUCCGUGGGGCUUUCCAUUCUCUACUCAGGAUAAUAAUAUCUUUGAUUUUUCCCGUCUACCGGGACAGCCAUCAUUGGCACCAGAAAGCCAAGAAAUGUUAGCCAUGCGCUUUGAUAAGUUGACAUGUGGUAUAUUGUCAGUCAAAGAUGGCAGGACUGAAAACCCCUGGAGGACGCUGAUUUGGCCCCUUGCUAAGGAUACACCCGCUCUAUAUCAUGCUCUGUUCGCGCUAUCCGCCUUCCACUCUGCUAAGGAAAAUCCUUCUCUGCGAGUUCAAGGUGUCAAGCACAUGCGACAGAGCAUGGCAUGCCUCCGACAACAAAUUCAAAGUAUGCGGGCUGAUACGGCGCUGGCGACUAGUCUAGCGUUGGCGUUUGCCGAUACCUGGGACCAGAAUACUCGUACCUGUGUUCAACAUCUGCGAGGGGCAAAGGUGUUGAUGCAGCAGGUUCUGAAUGCGGGCAUCCAGGGUGGACAGAAUAGCGAGAGACUUGAUCGCAUUCGCUUUUUGUAUAAUACCUGGACCUAUAUGGAUGUUAUUGCAAGACUUACUUCUUUGGAUGAGUCGGGCCAAGAUGAUCUCAAUCAGGAUAUCUUCCAGUUACCAGGUGAUGCUGUCCAUGAGAUAGAUCCUUUGAUGGGAUGUGCAGCCACCCUAUUCCCUCUCAUCGGGCGAGUCGCGAGACUGGUCCAGCGAGUACGAAAAUGCUCCUCAAAUACUGUGUCUAUUGUGUCGCAGGGAAUGGAGCUUAAAUCACUGGUGGAGCGGUGGGAGCCUCCGCAUUGGUUUGAACCACCAGAGGAUCCAACCUCUGAAGUGCAGCACAGUAUUCAAGUGGCACAUGCUUACCGCUGGGCUACGCUACUCUAUCUUCAUCAAGCUGUACCGGAGAUGCCAUCGGAACCGGCCGAAGAACUAGCGAAGCGUGUAUUGAUAUUGCUAGCAACGGUACCUCCUACAUCGCGGACAACCAUCAUCCAAAUGUUCCCUCUUAUCGCCGCUGGGGCUGAAGUCGACGAUGAGGAUGAUCGGCGGUGGGUUAUGGACCGAUGGUUCACUAUUCAAUCUCGAUUGAUGCUGGGCGGAAUUGAUCGCUGCCUCGAUGUUGUACGAGAGGUUUGGGCCCGGCGUGACAAGCUUAAUGCCCAGAGGCAACAGCAACAUGGCAAAGGCGCUACCCCACGAGCUGGAUCUUUCUCCUGCGAGAGCAAAGGAAAAAAGGACCCCAAGUUCGGACCACCCGAGAGCAAAAACAGCGGGAGAAGCUUCCAUAAUCGGGGAAAUUCAGUUGACCAACACGAGAAAUCUACUCUAGGGAUACCAAGGAUUCCUGCCUUAAAACAUGGGUCUUCCAGGCGCGGCUCUGCUCUGUCGCCCUUGGAGAAUAUUGAAUUUGAGAGAACAGUCCGAAGCAGAUUGCAUUGGGUGAAUGUUAUGGGGGAAUGGGGCUGGGAGGUUUUCCUUGGGUAA